UGAAAUGAGAAAAUUCAGUAUCGUAUAUAAAGCAGUUUAAAGGUUAGCUGAAAGGAUGAGUUAAAAUUAUUCCAAAUUAGCACAUAAUUUGCAGUUUAAUUUCAUUAGUGCAACGAUUCACCUGGCGUCCUGAUGAUAAAGUGGUGUUGGUUUUGUAUCUUUGCUAUUUUGAUACCAAUUGUUAUUGUUUAUCCACUUCAGUACAUACUAUGUGAAAGCGAAAGUAGUCCAUUACUUGAAUGUUCUGCUGGGCGACUAAUCAUGGUCAACGACGCCAACUACGGUAGAACAGAUUCCUUGAAAUGUCCGCACAGCACUAUUGAUGCUUCCAAAACAUACGAUAGGACUACAUCAGUAACUACUAGGACAAAGGAGAAAUGUGAUUUAAAGCAAUCAUGUUUACCAUCAAAAAGUGGAGCAGGUGACCCCUACCAAGGGGUAUACAAAUAUGUGAACGUGACUUACGAAUGUCUUAUCUUAGGAGGAUGGGGAAAUUGGGAACCAUUUGGUGAUUGCUCUACCACAUGCGGAAAAGGAGUCCAGUCAUUUCAGAGGAAAUGCAACAACCCUGUUCCGGAAACAAAUGAAAUGUACUGUAUUGGUGGUCACAUACAGAACUUAGAAUGUAACGCAAUUACAUGUCAAGGAAGCUGGGGAUGUUGGCAAACAGUAGGACAUUGCUCUCAUUCUUGUGGAAAUGGCACCAGUUUGAAGGUUAGAGAAUGCAAUAAUCCUGUUCCAACAAAUGGAGAGACUUAUUGUGAAGGCAAAAAUACAACGUUGGAAUGGUGUAAUCUACGCGAAUGCCCUGUUUACAAAUGGGGGCACUUGAAGGAUCUUAACCUAACUAUAGCGGAGCUUAAAGAAAUUAUGAAAGAAGAAAUUAAUGAACUUAAAGGAAACUUGACUGUGGACAACAAAAACACAUCAUCAGCCAUCAGACGAAGAAUCUCAGCACGUGACGACAGACCUUCAGCUGCAUCAUUUGGGUAUUUUGGUGUAGUAAUGUUGGCAACGCCAUUUGUCUUAAUGGUAUGCUUGGACUACAACCAUCUGUUUCCAGAAUGUAUAAAGUGGAGAAUAGCAAUAUUACUUAAAAAAGUCAGUUCAUCAAGUGAUUCGACGUAGGGAUUUACAUGUAUAGUAUGCAAGUGUGAUUGAGUUAUCUGUAAAGAGUAACGAUUUAUCAAUAUUUGAUAAACAUUUGUAUUAGUAGUGUUUUGUUAUAUUUGUAAUAUUUUACGCUUAUAAACUUUGUAAUGAAAAUAACUAAUAUAACCCGACAACUUCGAACAGAUUAUGGCAGUGUUUUGCUAAAAGUAAAAAAUAAAUUUUUGUGUACUAGUAUAUUUUUAAAACAAAGUUUAUCAAAAGUAGUUUGAUGCUUAUUCGCAAGUUUAAUUUCAGAUAAAAUGUUAAGGUUGUGUAUCUAAUGAAAACUAAUGAGACUGUAAUUGCCGAACAACAUUUUGAUAUCUGAGUAACCAUAGACAGAAUUGAGAAAAAAAGCAAUCAAGGCAAAAAUUGAGAGAGUUUUUUUACCAUCUGACAGUAUCUUUAAUCUUUUAAAAAGA